CAAUUUAAAUUCGAACGAUCGACAGCUAGGAGUAAACGGUUAAGCGCCAUGAGUGUCUUGAAGGAUACCGCGACCGUAAAUGAAGAGGAUGCCAAUCUUCUCGUAUUGAUCAUUGAUACAAAUCCGUUGGUCUGGAAGAAGUCAGGUUUUCCCUUGAAAGAGGCUUUACGCCACCUUUUGGUAUUCAUCAACGCUCAUUUGGCUCUAAAACACGAUAACGAUGUUGCAAUCAUUGCAAGUCAUAUUGGUGUCAGUAAAUUCCUAUAUCCAAUACCGACCCAUGAGAAUUCUGAUAAAACGAUCUUUCCUAAUAUGUACCAAAAAUUUCGGGUGAUUGAUGAAAGAGUAAUAGCAAAUAUGAGUGCAUUAUUCGAAGAUGUUGAUACUCCAAAUAAUUAUCCUGAUAAAGGAAUUUCUGAACCUUUAUCAUAUGAAACAUCAAUAGCAAGUUCUAUGAUCGCGGGUGCACUAUCGAUGGCAUUAUGUU